AUGAGUUCCGAAGAUGCAGUGUUUCACUGCAAAACAGCACCAGAUACGUUGGAGGAGAGUGUGAAUCGCUUGGUCUGGUACAAGCUUCCAUUCGAAGAGCUGUCGGAGCUCAAGCUGCUUUGCGAUGGAACAGAAAACUUUCGAAGAAUGUGUGAAGCUGUAUUCUGGACAAAAGUUGCAGAUAUUUUCAUGGAGCGUGAAGAUAAAUUUCCAGAGAGAGUUGCUGAUUUAGGGGUUCAAAAUGAAGGUGACGGUGCUCAAAACAGAGGUGACGGUGCUCAAAACAGAGGUGGCCUUCAUCAUGAAAUCACUCUGGAAGAUCAUGUGCCUGAAGAGGAUGAAGAAACUCGGGAAAAAAAUGGUGAUGAUGAAAGCCUUGAGGAGGAAGCUAUUGCUGAGGACGAAAACAAACAAGUUGAUAUUUCAGAGGAUACUCCUCCGAAUUCAGACUCUGAAGACUGUGGUGGAAGACGAUUUCUGACUUGCAAAAAAGGAAGUGGUGAUCUUAAGCUGGCUCAAGUGUUCGACAGCAUAGCAGAGUUCAAGGAUGCAGUGGUCGACUACGCCCUUAGGGAAGGAUACAAUGUGAAGUAUACAAAGUGGGGAUCAGAGCAGUCUCAGGUGAAGUGUGCAUUGGGUGGAGAUUGUAAGUUCGUAAUAUAUUGUGCUUUUGAGAAACCAAUUCAAAGGUACAUGAUCAAGACUUGUGACAUCGAACACACAUGCAUGAAGGAUGGGCAUAGCAAGGUAAUAAAGGAUGGGGUUAUUGCUAGGCUGUUUCUGAAUGACAUCAAGAGGAAUCCAGAUUAUAGGCCUUCUGAUAUGCAAGACGCUUUUGAAAAUAAAUACAACAUUUUUGUGACCAACGAUCAAUGUAGAAAAGCUAAGAGAAAGGCUUUGGAUAUCAUUCAAGCCGAGCAUGAUGAACAAUUUGCGAGGCUAAAAGACUACCGACUCGCCUUGAUUGACUCAAAUCCGGAUUCAACCGUAGAGGUUCGAACUGUCAAAAACAGUGAAGGGAAAGAGAUCUUUGACUGCUUCUACGUCUGUUUUACUAAUCUCCGGAGAGCAUGGAUUGGUCACUGUCGACCAAUCAUUGGAUUAGAUGGCUGUUUUCUUAAGAACAAUGUAGAUGGUCAGUUACUUGCUGCUGUAGGACGUGACGCAAACAAUCAGUUUUUUCCUGUUGCUUGGGGUGUUGUGAAGAAGGAAAACACAGAUAGUUGGCUAUGGUUCAUUAAACUGUUGAAGCAUGAUUUGAAUCUUCAAGAUGGCAGUGGUUUCACCAUCAUAUCCGACAGGCAGAAGGGUUUGAUUAACGCCGUGAAUCAAGAACUUCCUAAAGUCGAGCAUCGAAUGUGUGCCCGCCACAUCUACGGAAACCUGAGAAGAAUCUAUCCAGGAAAAGAGUUACCUAAAGCAUUGUUUUGGGCAGUUGCAAAGAGCUUCAACAUUGGCGAGUAUGAGAAAGCAAUCAAGGAGUUCAAGGAAUGGGAUUUUGGUGUGUAUGAAGAGCUCAUGAAGAGGAACCCCCGAAAUUGCAGCCGUGCUUUCUUCAGCUGCUCAGCCGUGUGUGAGGAUGUCUCAAAUAACUUCUCUGAGUCAUACAACAACUCUAUCAACAAAGCUAGGUCGAUGCCUCUUGUAGAGAUGCUGGAGACAAUUAGAAGGCAGGCAAUGGUCCGAAUGGAUGUAAGAAGGAAGAAAGCCAUGAAACACCAAGGAAAAUUCAGUAACAAAGUCGCAACAACUAUCAAAGAAGAAGAGAAGCAUCGCAUGUAUUGGCGAGUUAUUCCUAGUGGAAAUGGUGAGUAUGAGGUGAAGGAACAUAAUAUUAGUUACACAGUUGACAUGGUUGCCAAGACUUGUUCAUGUAGGAGAUGGAAUAUGACUGGAAUCCCUUGUCGCCAUGUCCUUCGAGUGCUACUAUACAGAAAACUUGAUCCGCAGGACUAUGUUUCUGACUGGUACCUGACUUCCAAGUGGAGAAACCAAUACAAGAAUCCAAUCCGGUCUGUGAAUGGUAUUGAUUUGUGGAGGGUAUCCGGUGAAACUAGGAUCCAGCCACCACCAAGAGAAGAUAAACAUGGUCCUACUAAGAAGCAGAAGAGGAUGAAAGGGAAGAAUGAAUCACCAAAGAAAAAGAGCAAGGGUAAAGAAAAAGUUCAAGAGCCUUCUGCCAAGAUUACCAAGCUGACUAGAGAAGGUAGAAUCUCACAUUGUGGAGGUUGUGGUUCUGUCGGCCACAACAUCAGGAAGUGUCCAGUAACAGUCUAUAUUCCAAAGCCAAAGGCUAAGCGCAAUGCAGAUGUCAUUGAGCUUUGUGAGGGACCAAGCCAAACCCAACCAUCACAAAAUGGAGUGUGA